AGAGCGCGGGACUUUGCGUGUUGGCGCGAAGAUAAGAGAAGAGAACACGAUAAGAGUACGAAUCGUGAGAGACACCAGGUAAUGGUUGUCUGCCUGCAUGUAAGAUGAUGUGGAGCAAGGUCGGUAAGUCCCUGAUGGCUUAGUUAAGUGAAGUGCGACAAGGCUCUUGAGAUAUCAUGUAUUAUGUUACACGUUGUACAGCAUGAGGUACAAAGUAGUGUCAUUGAAUGUAAUAAUUGUCACAGUGGUUCUGAGCAUUAAGUUACCUCUCACCAAGUUUGACGGGUGCUCUGGGAUCAGCACUAGGGUGAAGUGGACGCACUUACCCAUGAGCUAGGUGGCGUGGAUCGCAACGUCCAGCCAGCCUAGAAGCGAGUUUAGGGGUGGCCACCCAAUCUUGAGUAGGGGGACUAGCAGUACGGGCUCUUCGCCGUACAUGUUCCCCUAGUAAUCCUAUCUGGGCGAGAUUCUGAUGGAUUCGCAUGAGCAGAUAGUGGGUGGUGAGAGGCAGGGAGGUAAAGGCGGGUUGUAGGGGUGUUGAGGAGACCCGAGGGGGCCCAGCCCCAUGUACAUGAGGAGAUGCUCAGUUACUGCCUAACGGGUAAGAGGAUCCAAUGUUGCAAGCCUCACCAGUACAUGGAAGUAGCCAAUGCUGGUAAGGUGGAUCCAACGGGUACGAGACCCGGGCCCGUGCGGAGAGUAAUGCGGUCUUCUACCGUCCAUCAGUCGAAGAUGGCUCUCAGAUAAAACAUAGAUAGUUGAAGUAUCUAUGUCGGACGCGUUAGAAUAUGUAGCUUAUAUCAUUAAUCAGAUACAUAUGUGAUAUCUCAUGACCACUGAAUUGUCCCUUCAAAGUUUCUAUAAUCUUCAAUUAUUGUUGUAACUUAUGUGACGGUACAGUAAUAUACUUGUUAGUAAGUGUUAUUAUCAUAAACGCCGCCACAUAAUUUGGUGGAGGUGCUGGGAUCUAUAACCUCUAGGAAGCGAAGCAAAGCAAUUAAAAAAAAAAAAAAAAAAAAAAUGAAAUUGUGUGAGAUGUAUUUUCAUAAGUCUACAAAAAAUCAUUUCGUUCUGGAAUACUAAAUUGCAUUUUUAUUUCCUUUAUGUACCCCUAAUAAAUAAUUAUAAAUUAUUCCGAGUUUUAUUCACUGUUUUGAGCAUUUUAUUUUUGGCUCAAAUUAUUAUUUACGGUUUUUUGUUUAAACGUUUGCGUUUUACGUUACGUUCUAUGGCGCCAUAGACUAUAGGGGGUUGCGUUUUUUGUUUUACGAGUGCGGUACCACGUACGAUUUUUGUUUAAAAAUCGAUUCAUUUAUUCGGUACAAAAUAUUUUUAUAAAUAUAUUUUACGUUGUGUUAUAUAAUAAACUAAGAUUAAAUAUUAUUUUCGAAUUAAACUUACGUUUACAGUUAUUUUUAAGAAGGUUGAUAAGUGUUGUUUGUUUUAUAAAAGUGUUUCAAUCGGUCUACGAGUGAUCGAUUCUCUUUAUCGAUAAUAAUUUUCGUAAGAACGCUCAUCACUUAGUUACCGCCUUUUUCGUUGUUGAAGUUGAAAAUUUUCUCGUCAAGGCAAAGUAGAAGUGAAAUCUGUUUUAAACGCUUUAAAUAUCAAUUUAAGUGCAUUGCAUUGAUUUUACAAAGUGUUGUUGUAAAGUAACUAGUUAGUGUAACACUUUUCGGCGUGGGGAGUGUGGUGUGAACCCCAAGAAAAUCGCCGUCCAUUUUACGGUAAGGGAGUAAUGAAGCUGAAUGUAUAUUUAGAACGAAUUUCUCGUUAUUCAUGUUCAGGAAUGAAGAAAUCCUUAUCAGUACUUCGUUAAUUUCGUAUUACAGACGACGUCAUAGGGGGCCGAACCUUCCCAGAGCCGACCUAUUCUACAAUAAUUCUACAACUCGUAGGGAAUUCACACAGGAUUUACCGACCAAGGAUAUGAUUUGUGAUAAGUAUUUCACACCUAAACUACGUUAAAUGAAAGGUAACCUAUGUACAUUAUCUGCGCAAAAUGAGGCUUAUUGUUAUAGAAGUCAAAUCUCUGAAAUUUUCUUCCUUUUUUUUUCGUCUUAUUCCAGUUUGAAGACUAUGGAUAAGUUAAUGAAGGAGCGCCUCUCGUUGCGGGACGAGCAACUCAAACAGCUUUGUGCUGCAGCGACCGACAUUACGAACCGUGCGCAGACAGAAGGCGUGUCCCUAGAAGAACUUACAACAGUAAAGGUUAAACUUAUGACAGCUACCAAAAAGUUUGAAGAAGAUUUCUUCAAGUUGAUAAAAUGCUCCCCGAAUCUCGACAUAAAGGAACAAGAAAGGUAUACACUUAACCAAAUGAAAGCAGAAGACUUAUCUGCCGAAUUGGAGACAGUCUGCCAACUAAACUGUCAAAACGUGGCUAGUAAUAAAACCCAAAUAAUGAGAACUAAACUGCCAAAACUGGAACUCAUGAAAUUUAACGGAGAUAUCUUGAAAUGGCCAGAGUUUUGGGACAAGUUUGAGUCUAAUAUCCACAACCAACCAAUGAGUAAGACUGACAAGCUCUCCUAUCUGUUCUCAUCUCUCGAAGGUAGAGCCUUAGAUACUCUGAGAGGAAUUGAUAUCACAAACAAUGGUUAUGAUGUGGCUGUAAACAUUCUUAAAGAUAGAUUCGGAGACAAAAGUCUUGUGGUUGACGCCCAUUAUGAAGCGCUAUCAAGACUACCACAAUCAUCAAAUGAUUACUUACGUUCAACAUUAGAUGCAAUUAUUAAACAUAUACGCAUCCUUGACUCCCUAGGCGAGGACAGUAAAGGAAACCAUCUACGGAGUUUGAUUUGCUCAAAGUUUCCAAAAAAUAUAAUUUAUGAGCUCAACCUAAUUACACCCAAAGACAGGGAUCUAGAUAUGACUGUGAAAGGCUUGGAGAAAAUUAUUAAUGCAAAAGAGAGGGAAUGGCCUGCUAGUAAACCUGAAAAUCUACCUUCGUUGGCCGAGGAGGUUCUGAUGAUAUCAGAGGGUCCUGAAAUGGCUGGGAAAGGUUAUGAAGAUAUUUUUGACACGCAGUUUCCUGAGCAAGACACGAAUGACGUAGAGACAUCAAUGAAAGAAAUAAUCGAUUUACAAGCGAAGUAUUUCCCCGAUGAAGUAGCUGGGAAACGAACGAGCCUGUCACGGAAUCUAGACUUAUUUAGGGACGUGGAUGGAACACUCAGAUGUGGGGGUCGUAUGAAAAAUGCUGAAUGGUCAUAUGAAUCUAAGCACCCCAUAUUAAUACCAAAACUGUGUGACUUUACUAACAGCAUCAUUCUUCGCACUCAUCAAGAUAAUUAUCACGUUGGAGUCUCUCAUACGCUUAGUCUGAUCCGUAAAAUGUAUUGGAUACCCCAGGGGAGGGCUCAAGUGAAGCAAAUAUUGAAAACAUGCCCGCAGUGUGUAAAACAUAGUGGAGGUCCAUAUAGGUUACCUGAUGCACCAGAUUUGCCGGUAGAGAGAGUUACCUUCAGUGUACCAUUCACAUUCACAGGAAUGGAUUACUUUGGUCCUAUCUUUGUUGAAGUUUCUGAAAAAAAGGAAAAAAGGUGGGUCUGCCUUUUCACUUGCCUCGCAGUAAGGGCAAUCCAUUUAGAGGUUGUCAACGAUUUAACCGCCGAAGAAUGUCUUCUCGCUGUGAGACGAUUUGUUGCAUGUAGAGGAAAACCAUCAUUAAUUGUAUCUGAUAAUGCUACACAAUUCAGACUGACCAGUGAAAUUUUUAUAGACCGUCAAUGUGCAAGGAGCAAUAUCAAAUGGAAAUUUAUUCCUCAGUUAGCACCGUGGCAUGGUGGUGUCUACGAAAGACUAAUUGGUGUAGUAAAGAACUGCCUGAAGCGAACACUCGACAAACAUUUACUAAAGGAAGGUCAACUAAUGACGAUCAUAAAGGAAGUAGAAACUGUCGUAAAUAGUCGACCGCUGACUACGUUAACUCCUGAAAUUGAGCAUAUUCUCAGACCAGCUGACUUCUUGACUUUAGGAAAAUGCUUAGAGUUAAUUCCCCCUGAUGACACGUCAGAAGGGACGUCGACGAAAAUUGACUUAGUGAAAAGUUGGAAAAGAGGUCAAAGAAUCAUGCAGGAUUUUAAGUUGAUGUUUCGUGAUCAGUACUUACCUAGUCUCAGGGAAAGAUACUUUCAAAGACCUAAACAGCCCAGAAUUACGUCCGGAAAAUCUCCUCGUGUAGGAGAUCUUGUACAGAUAAAGGAUGACUCAAGAAAUAGACUGAACUGGCGAGUAGGUAAAAUAUCUACUUUAGUCGAAAGUCAAGAUGGGAAAUGUCGUGUGGCAAAGGUACAAGUGGGGAAUCAGGUAUUUACUCGUUCCAUUGCGCAUCUGUAUCCCUUAGAGGCCGAAGUAGGAAGUAUCGAAAGAGUACCAACUACAGGAAACCAUACUGAUCAAGUACCGAAAGAGCGAGAACCUAGAUUUGAAGUUGAGACUCCAGAAGUUGCCUGUGAUGCAGAUAUAAUUACAGAAGGCGAAGUAAAUGGUCCUCACAGUAUUCCAAGAUCAACAGAGGGGGAAGCGGUUGUAAGGGAGCCGUUCAUCGAGGAGUCAACUGAAAUAUCUGCAUCUGAGGCAGAUAAGGUUGCUAAUAGAGUAACAGAUGGUAGAGUCAGGAGAGAGGCUGCCAUCCGCGCACGAGAACGGAUCGCGGAGUGGACUCAACAGCUUUUCAUUCUUCUGUAACUUCUAUCGCCGUCGGGAGUGUCGUGGAGUCCCACGAAUCCUAUGUUGGAGAGCGCGGGACUUUGCGUGUUGGCGCGAAGAUAAGAGAAGAGAACACGAUAAGAGUACGAAUCGUGAGAGACACCAGGUAAUGGUUGUCUGCCUGCAUGUAAGAUGAUGUGGAGCAAGGUCGGUAAGUCCCUGAUGGCUUAGUUAAGUGAAGUGCGACAAGGCUCUUGAGAUAUCAUGUAUUAUGUUACACGUUGUACAGCAUGAGGUACAAAGUAGUGUCAUUGAAUGUAAUAAUUGUCACAGUGGUUCUGAGCAUUAAGUUACCUCUCACCAAGUUUGACGGGUGCUCUGGGAUCAGCACUAGGGUGAAGUGGACGCACUUACCCAUGAGCUAGGUGGCGUGGAUCGCAACGUCCAGCCAGCCUAGAAGCGAGUUUAGGGGUGGCCACCCAAUCUUGAGUAGGGGGACUAGCAGUACGGGCUCUUCGCCGUACAUGUUCCCCUAGUAAUCCUAUCUGGGCGAGAUUCUGAUGGAUUCGCAUGAGCAGAUAGUGGGUGGUGAGAGGCAGGGAGGUAAAGGCGGGUUGUAGGGGUGUUGAGGAGACCCGAGGGGGCCCAGCCCCAUGUACAUGAGGAGAUGCUCAGUUACUGCCUAACGGGUAAGAGGAUCCAAUGUUGCAAGCCUCACCAGUACAUGGAAGUAGCCAAUGCUGGUAAGGUGGAUCCAACGGGUACGAGACCCGGGCCCGUGCGGAGAGUAAUGCGGUCUUCUACCGUCCAUCAGUCGAAGAUGGCUCUCAGAUAAAAAAUAGAUAGUUGAAGUAUCUAUGUCGGACGCGUUAGAAUAUGUAGCUUAUAUCAUUAAUCAGAUACAUAUGUGAUAUCUCAUGACCACUGAAUUGUCCCUUCAAAGUUUCUAUAAUCUUCAAUUAUUGUUGUAACUUAUGUGACGGUACAGUAAUAUACUUGUUAGUAAGUGUUAUUAUCAUAAACGCCGCCAC